AACCCCUUUUUGCGACGAAGGCUUCAGUUCCAUCUCCCUCUUUCUUACAUCUUCCGUCACCGGAGAGCCCGAGAAGAUCGGAGCAAUGGCGUCGGCUACCGCCCUCUCCCUUGCGCUUCCCGUCGCGGCGAAGCAAUCCUCUUUCUGCUACAGGCCCUCGCUCCCAGUCAGGAAGGCGGCGGCGGCCAGCUUCAGCGGCAAGAGGAUGGCAGUGGUGGUAGCCUCUGCCGAGAAGCAGCCAGAGCCAAAGAAGGGAGGAGAGAUGGUGGCAUCGCGACUGACGGCGUUGGCACUCGCAGCGGCGAUGGCGGUGCCGGAGGUGGCAGUGGCGGCGGAUUCAAGCCUCACGCCCUCGCUUAAGAACUUCCUUCUCAGCAUCGUUUCCGGCGGCGUCGUCGUCGGCGUCAUCAUCGGCGCCGUUAUCGGCGUUGCGAACUUCGAUCCUGUCAAGCGGAGCUAAGUCGCCACUAAUUUCUGCUGUCGACGUUGCCAACUUCUGUUCCUUGUUUCUUCUCCCCAUAUUUCAUUGACUCCGAAUUUUCCAAUAUCAUUGUGUCUUAUAAAUUGAAUGCUAAUGUGUCUA